CAGGGGGGCGGGGUCUGCGGCAAAACAGCAUGCAGUAAUCUGCGGUGCUGGAGGAGAGCGGCAGUCGUAGAGAGGCAGGGACACAUCAACUCAAGCAUCGCUCAUCUACACUAACCAUCGCUGUCACUGCAGAAAUGUGGAUCCUGGACAUUUCGUCCCCGCUCCUUUUCUUCCUCUCCAUUCUGUUGCCGGGCUACGGUGGCCAGGCGGUGGACAUUCCAGAGGACAUCACAUCAAAAUUCUCAAUCAGACUGUACCAUCAGCUCCAGGCAGCGGGGGGCCAAGACAACGUUAUUUUUUCCCCCCUGAGCUUGGUCACGGCCCUGGGCAUGGUGGAACUGGGAGCCAGGGGAGUGUCGCUGGAGGAGAUUCGACACGGGGUUGGAUUUACACACUUGUUGCCAGGGGUGGAGUUCUCUUUGCUCCAAAACCUGACAGCAGCCCUCUCCGCGGAUGACAAACAGUACACAAUCCGCUUCGCCAACAGUCUCUUCCUGCAAGAGGGCAUCACCUUUAACCCUGAAUUCCUGCACAUGAUGAACAAGUAUUUCCACGCCAACGUGGAGACCGUCGACUUCAGUGAAUCGGCAGCUGUGGCCGAGCAGAUCAAUAACUGGGUGGAGAAUCAUACGGAGAGUAAGAUCUGUGAUCUUCUAUCCGCUGAGGACUUCAGCAGUGUGACUCGUCUAACCCUGGUCAAUGCGGUCUACUUCAGAGGCUCGUGGAAAAACCAGUUCAGACCAGAAAACACCAGAACCUUCUCCUUUAGCAGAGAUGACGGCUCAGAAGUCCAGACACUCAUGAUGUACCAACAAGGAGACUUCUACUAUGGUGAGUUUAGCGAUGGCUCCCAGGAAGCUGGUGGUGUUUACCAGGUGUUAGAGAUGCCGUACGAGGGAGACGACGUGUCCAUGAUGAUCGUGCUACCUCGGCAGGAAGUACCGCUCGCUUCUCUGGAGCCCAUCAUCAAAGCAUCACUACUGGAGGAAUGGGCUAACAAUGUGAAACAGCAGAAGGUGGAGGUGUAUCUACCCCGGUUCAAAGUGGAGCAGAAAAUCGACCUCAAAGACAGUUUGGAAGAGCUGGGCAUAAAGAGCAUCUUCACUAAAGAUGCUGACCUCUCCGCCAUGACAGACAAGGAGAAUCUUUAUAUCGGGAUGGCGGUACAAAAGGCCUACCUGGAGGUGACUGAGGAGGGAGCCGAGGGUGCCGUCGGAUCAGGAAUGAUCGCCCUGACCAGGACUCUUGUUCUGUACCCACAAGUCAUGGCUGAUCACCCAUUUUUCUUCGUCAUCAGAAACCGGAGAACAGGUAUGUAUGUGAAUGUUUGUUUUUAUGAGGGGCAUCACGAAACACUCAGCUCACAAGUUGAGACGAUUGGGUUCAUGAACUCCCUGGGGAGGUGUUCAGGGCACGUCUGGUUCACAUCUACACAAAAUGGUGAAACGCCGUAAGCCACCGACCACCUGUAUUAUUAAUUAAACCACAUUAGAGGUCACAUUGAACUGCAUUAAGUAACUCACACACCAUCCAGUACGUGUGUUUUUCUUUCCCUCCAGGGUCCAUCCUCUUCAUGGGUCGGGUCAUGACCCCAGAGGUCAUCGAGCCGAACGACCACGACUUUGACUUCAUAUAACCGUGGCGUAAAGUCACUCAUUCUCACUACUUCUAUCAUCACCUUCAGAUAUAUUUUAUAAAGAUAUCAACCAA